GAACAGCUCAUCCAAAUAUGAAGAAAUCAUUUCCAGAAGUGAUCUGAUCCGAUCAGGACCUCCUGCUGUCUACCAGCUGACACCAAAGAAAGAGAACAUUGGAUCUCUAAGAAGAAUGACUCUUGGAGAAAGAAAUGUGAACAAGAUAAACAAAACCAUCUUGCUUGUGGGUGAAACAGGAACAGGAAAAUCUACUCUGGUCAACGCUCUGGUCAACUACGCCAUGGGAGUGAAGUGGGAGGACGAUGUCUGGUUUAAGAUCGUAGAGGACGAGGAGGAAGGUGAAUCAGAGAGUCAGACAUCAGAUGUGAUGGUGUACCAGAUCUUUGGUUUUGAAGGUGAAACUCUGCCCUACUCUCUGACCAUCAUCGAUACUCCUGGAUACGGAGACACCAGAGGGACUGAACAGAAUGACAUCAUCAGUCAGAGAUUAUUAGACUGGUUCCGCUCAGAGGACGGAGUUCAUGAGAUUAAUGCAGUGGGUCUGGUGCUGAAAGCGAGUGUGAAUCGACUGAAUGACCGACUGAGGUACAUCUUUGAUUCAGUGGUGUCUCUGUUUGGAAAAGACAUGGAGAAGAACAUUGUUGCUCUCAUCACACACUCAGAUGGUCUGACACCUGAAAAUGUUCUGAAAGCUCUCGGAGAUGCAAAAAUGAAAUGUGCCAGAAAUGAAAAGAAUCAGCCUGUUUACUUCCUGUUUAAUAACUGUCUGGAUGAAGACAGAACAGAGGACACAGAAGAACUUCAUCAUGCAGAUAAAAUAACAACAAGAGGAAUGAGACAGUUCACAGAGUUUCUGGAAAAAACUGCACCUCAGAAUCUGAUGAAAACUAUUGAAGUGUUGGAUUCACGAAUCAGACUGACAGCCUGCAUCCAAAACCUGAAAGAGAGAUUUGAGUUCACUGAACUAAAACAGAGAGAAAACCAACAGACUCAGGAAGCUCUGAAGAAACAUGAAGAAGAGAAGAAGAGAAAUGAGAAGUUCACUGUAGAAGUUGAUGAGGUCUACAAAGAAAAAGAAGAUAUCAGCGGUGGGAUGUGGGGGUUGGUGUUUUAUGAAGGAGCUGUCUGCUGUACAGUCUGUGAGGAGAACUGUCACUAUCCUGGAUGCACACUGGCCUGGUAUCCUGAACACUGUCAGGUCAUGAAAGGUGGCCGCUGCACUUCAUGUACCAGGAAGUGUCCUGUAUCAGAUCAUGUGAAAGAAAAGUGGAUCUAUGUGACAAAGACAAGGAAAGUUCAGAAGACCCUGAAAGAUGUGAAAGAGAAGUAUGAAAGAGGUAAAGCAGGAUGUGAGGAGACAACAAGCCUUUUGGAAACUUUAGAAAAGAAGAUGGAAGAACUUCAGAAAGAAAAAGAUCAGAUGUUGGAAAAGUCCUUCAAACAUGUUGUCAGACUGGAUCAGAUCGCCCUGAAUGCUGAUUCACUGUCCACUCAU